AUGGUUGUCACCCACCGAGUCGGAGCUGCGGCAGCUCUUGUGUUAUCCGUAACAAGCAGCGUCCUUGCAUUUCCUGACGCUGCCCGCGGACUCGACGAGAAUAAGCUCUCACAUGGAGACUUGAGCGAGCCUGUUGCUGGCCGCGAUAUUGACCAUGAACUGGACGACCAUAACCGCGUCGACGAACUGGAUGGGCGGGACUUCGAGCUCGAUGUUUCGGACAACGGGGCGAUGCUCAACGCGGUGGCCCCCCACCAUUUGAUUGUCCUCGACGAGGCCGUGGCGCAUCACGAGGCUAUGGUCGAGGGAGAGGCUAUGGCCGAGGGAGGUGCGGUGGCCGAGGGAGGUGCGGUGGCCGAGGGAGAUGCGGUGGCCGAGGGAGAUGCGGUGGCCGAGAGAGAGGCAGUGGCCCGGGAGAAUUAG